CACUGAUUGGUGGCACUGAUAGGUGGCACUGACUGGCAUUGAUAGGUGGCACUGACUGGCACUGAUAGGUGACACUGAAAGGCAGCUUAGAUGGGCACUGAUAUGUGGCAUUGAUGUGCACUGGUAGGCAUUGAUGGGCACUGGCAGGUGGCAUUGAUGAUCACUGACAGCUGGCACUGAUGGACACUGACAGGUGGCACUGCUGGGGCUACACAGAUCAUCAGGGCACACUGAUCAUCACUGUCAGCGUGACAGCUCCUGAGGAGAGAAAUGCUGAUAACCGGCAUUUCCCUAUUUACAUGCGAUCAGCUGUUAUUGGACACAGCUGAUCACUUGACAG